AUGCAACCUCCUCAGUCAACCCGUAGAAACUCGACCAAGUCAUCCUACUUCAUCUCUCGUCAAGUCGUGCUGCCGGCUGAGGACCUCGAUGACGACUUCACCCGAGCGCUGACCGCCGGGGCCUCUGCCGUUCCUUCCUCGACACCGGCCGCACUCGGAGCACGGAAAGCCUCCAAAAGCUCGCUCAGUCUCCUUUCGAUCCAUACCAAUACCUUGGAUACACACUCAGCCUCGAGCGGACCUCGCCAAUCGCUGUCGUCACGCUCAGCCGUAGCUCCAGGGUCACCUCAUUCGCCGAUACUACCUCGGAUACCUCAUCAGUCGCUAGGCUUGGACAAGUUCGAUCAAAACCCAUUCGCAGCGGAAUCCUCACCUUUCGCCAGUAAUAGCCCUCGUCUCUCCGGUGGCGCGCAGCGUGAUCGAUCCGACUCGUUCGACACGUUGGACGUGACGAGCUCGCUCCCCAUCUCGCCUAGUCGCAUCAAGACCAUCUUUGGCGCCAGUGGGUCCACCUUCUCGGAGGCACAUCUUGCCGCUGAUGCAAACGAUCCCGCACUGGCUGCUUCUAGACGCCCAAUUUGGCGCAGCCGAAGGACGAAGGAACGGUCCUUGGAUGACCCUGGUCUGGCCGUUUCAAAGCACCCACCGCGGGGGAUGAAAGGACCUACAAACUCUCGGCUCGUCCCUCGUUCGUCCAGUGCAAGCUUGGGGGAGAUGACGAGUGAUUUGCAUCGUAGACAGGAGAUGGCUGCACCGAACGACGAUUCGAAAUUACCGGCGUCGACGCUCACAACCGGCGAUGAGGCACAGUCGAGCUCGCACGAGAAGGAAGACGAAGAUGAAGAGACCGAGGCGUUCGAUGACGACGAGGAGGAGACGGCAGAUGUUGAAGCCGGUGGGACUCGAUGGGCCAAAGCCGGAGUGCGGGGAGAGACUUACACGGUCGAGUUGGGCAGCGCCGUUCUCGAUGAUGACGAGUCCGCACAGCUGGGAGCUGCGGAUGAUGAAGACGACGAAGGGCCACAGGUCUUCCUUGAGGCAUUGCAGGUCCUCGAUCCAGACUCGCAGGGUUUCGUCGAAGCUGAAUCACCCCCACAAGGCCAGUACGCCGUUCCCCAACUGGGAUCUGGGGAAACUUCGUUGUCGCCGGCAUCCGACAACACGCCGAGAACGUCACCAGUUUUGACGCGAGCGUCGGUCGAGGAAGCGCCCGUUCGCGACAAGCUGAGUCUGCUUGCCGUGGGCACCGCACCCGUCAUCACGCCCAGGACACCCUCGCCGCCUCCCACUCCUGCUCACACUACAGCGAGUUUUGCCCCUCCCUCGCCCAGUACGGGCUCGACAUCCUCACCUGUCCGGAGCUCAGCUGACUUCGUCGUCGCCGUCGUCGGUCCCCGUGGAGUUGGCAAAUCGACCGUAAUACGCCGUGGUCUCAAAAAACCGGCAGCUCGGCCCAUGGUUCUCGCACAAGACGAUCAAGACAAUCGAGUGACAACGUGUACAUCUCACUUUACCAUUGCUGGUCAAGCACGUUCGAUUGAAGUGCUCGAGAUCGACAUGGGCCUCCUCGAGUACAACAGCGAGGGUGUCAUCUGGCCCGAGGGUUUACCACCGUGCGAGGGUGCCAUGCUGUGCUACGAGUCGACGGAUUCGAGAGCACUUGAUUCGCUGUCUCGUCUCUUACAAGCGUUCUGGACUCGAGGGUCCGAUGUGCCAUUGAUCGUGUUAGCAUGCAAGGCGAACGCAGAUCCGAGGCUGAAUGCGACCGACCCCAAUAAGGCCGCAGCGGUAUGCAACAUUUAUGGUGCCGGCAUCGUCUCUCUCGAUGGUGGACCCGAGGACCGAGGGCGGAAGAUGAAGGAGAGCUUCAAUUGGAUGAUUAGGACCAUUAUGGACAACAGAGGCGAAUCGCGUCGGGCACCUUCGGCUGCGUCGAGCCGGAAUCGAAAGCAUUCCUCGGUAGAUGGUACCUCGGCUGUCGCGUCGAUGAAACAGGCUCGGCCAUCGUCAGGACGAAGGACCAGUUUGCCUGCGGGUGUCCCUGUGACAUUCUCGGACCCCUUUGAUGGCGGGUCGAGUCAUGCUCCAGCGAGCCCAUCUGCUGAGGAUGGUGAUCAGCCGAGAAGAGUGUACCGUACCGACCCGUCUCUAGGUUUAGGCCGGUCGCUUGCUGUUGUAGAGGAAGCUCCUCUGGCUGAGGUUACGCCACCUUUCCGUCGGCCUUCGACUCAGGGUGGCCUACUUGGACUACAAAUCACUGCCAAGGAUCCGACCGCUUCUGCGCCCGCUGCAGCUGCUGCCACACCCGCUACUGCGAGCACAACUGAGGCAGACAAGGCGGUUACGAGACGUUCCACGUCAAUACGGAUUAGCCCCAGUCGAGUGUCGGUCGACUUCGGCGGGAAAGUGUGAGUCCAUCGAUUUGUGCUUCCUCGUCGAUGCUUUUCAAGCGCUGACGAUGGGGUCGUACUUGGAUUCACAGCGCCAGACCGUCAUCUCUUGAUUUGUUCUUCAGUCGCGACGACAUGAUCGACAAAUUCUUGUUCGCCUCCGUCACUGGCAACGGUGAGUGAGAAACGGCGCUGCUAAGACAAUAGCAAUGCACUAAACUACUACGGGCGCAGAUGACAACUACGUCACCUUGUUCCUAAUCGUCUUCCGUCGGUUCGCCCGGCCCUUUGACGUCUUGAGCAAACUGAUUGAGCGCUUUAAAUACGUUGCCGGCCGACUGAGGACCGACCCGUUGCUGAGCAGGUUCGCCCAAAUGAAACUGUGCGGAACGCUUUCGGUUUGGUUCACGGUAUACCCAGGCGAUUUUUCGGCGCCCGCCACAUCGGCUCUGCUUCAGCCGUUCUUGGAAGGGCUCUUGCCCAGCGGUGCGACUUGGGUCGCCCACUACGCCGUCGAUAUGUUGCCGAAGCUCGCCGACGUCAGUCGCAUGAACGACCCGGAAUCGACAUGGGCCCUCCCCGACAAGAGACUUGAUUCGGUUGAACCAACCGACGAUUCAGUGCCGUUCCCGUCAGUCGGGCAGACCCCCGCGGCAGGACGACAGCCAUCGACCGAAUCUCGAACGAGCCGUUUGGACAAGGGUAUAGAAUCGCUUCGCGGAUCGAACGAGAGCCACAGCAGCAUCAACAGCCCUUCUUCUCACCUUGAACUCCCUGCUUCGAACCGACUGAGUGACUUGACGCCUACACCCUCUUCCUCAGCGAGCGAGCCGACACGUGAGCGCACGGACUCGGAGACCCCUACUGUCGCCACACUCGAUACCUCGGCUGGUGACACGAACAGCAUCAACAACGACUCGAUCGGGAGUACGACUGGCUCGAGUACGAGCUGGCGCAAGCGUCCCUCGUCUCUCAUCCUUACCUUACUCGACGCUUCGAAUGCCUUGAUGGACGUAUCCGAGGAGGCGAUCGCUACGCAGAUCACACGCUUGACUUGGAUGUCGUUCGCGGACAUCACACCGCGGGAUCUGAUCCGACAUGUGCUCGCGCCUCGAGACCCAUCGGACCCGAGUCGAGCCAUGCGCGACGAGGACUCGAGCGUCAAGCGUUCGAUCGCGUUCGUCAACUACCUCGCCAAUUGGGUCGCAUCGAUGACGCUGGUCCAACCCAAGCCCAAGUGGCGCGUGCGCAUGCUGGAGAAAUUGAUCGGCGUGGCUUAUCAUCUGCGGGAACAAGAGAACUUUGACGCGUUGAUGGGUGUUCUCGCCGGGUUGAACCUCCAACCUUUGUACCGGAUGAAGGAACUCAAGGAGACGGUGUGGGUUCGACUUGGGGGUGAUCAUGAGAACGCACCCAAGCGUUUGCGCAGUCUGUACCGGCUCAUGGCCCAUACCAAGAGCUUUGCGGCGUACCGCCUCGCCAUCGCCAGUUCGGGCUCGAACAUGCUUCCCUAUCUGUAAGUGCAACGAAGCUGCCUAUUGUGAACCGCCUCUGGCGUGCGACUGACCCUGAUCUCUGUGACAAUUUUUCAGCGGUGUCCACUUGCAAGACAUCACGACGAUCAACGAGAUCAAGAGUGACAUGCGCGACGGCAAAGUGAAUUGGUCCAAAUUCCAGAAGAUGGGCGAAUCCGCCGCCGUCGUCCUCGACUGCGCUCGUCUCAGCCCGACCCUUCCGAUCGAUCCUCUGAUCGAGCGAUGCAUCCUCGACGCGCUUUUACUUUCGGAACAAGAGCAGUACGACCUUUCGAAGGCUUAUGAGCCCCUGGGGACGACGACUACUUCCAAGGGGAGCGGUCGUACCGCGGGCGCGAGGGCCAAGUUCCGUAACUUGACGGAACGGUCGGCCUUCUUUGCUUGA